UUUCGCCGCUCCGUCGUCAUCGGUCGCGUUUUUGCCGGGCUUGGAUUUCUCGCGGCGAUCCUUUUGCCGAAGAAGAAAAAGUUUUUUCCUCCUGGAGUGUGUGCCGCUACUGCUGACCAUUUUCCGCGACUUUUCGGCGUGUUUUCGCACCGGUUCCGUUCCCCGAGUGGUUCCAUUUUGUGCCGUACUACGCGCAGAACCCGCGGGCAGUGUUUUCCGGCCGUGAAAAGUGCAUUUUCGCGGUGAAAAGCGAAGGUGAAAAUUUUUGGGGUUUUUUUUCCUCUGCCGAUCGCCGCCAGAAAAGCCGCUUUGGAUUUGGCAAUUCAAGAAGAAAAGUGUUAACAGAGUCAAAGUGCGGUGCGAAAAACACCAGUGAUAUAUAAAGUGCAAAAGUGUGUUGAAAACAUACCCAAAAUCAAAGUGGCAGCGAAAAAGUGAAACCCGAAGAAAAUCGUCCACCUUUAACCUCCGUAUCAUAACCUUGCGUCCGGCAAACAAACCCGGCGCCAAAAUACGUCACCAACAGGCAAACCCCCGCCGCUAGAGGAGUUGUGUGUGCGUGUGCUGCGAUCUAGCGCGCCGCCGCGACCAUGUUGCCGAAACGGUCCCGUUUGGGCGACGUUCGCGGACCUAUCUCGAACGGACCGAUGCAGUCGCGGCCGCUGGUGGCGCUGCUCGACGGCCGGGACUGCUCGAUCGAGAUGCCGAUCUUGAAGGACGUCGCGACGGUGGCGUUCUGCGACGCACAGAGCACAUCGGAAAUUCACGAAAAAGUAUUAAACGAAGCGGUGGGAGCACUCAUGUGGCACACAAUCAUCCUCACGAAAGAAGAUCUGGAAAAGUUCAAAGCGUUACGGAUAAUCGUCCGCAUCGGCAGCGGCGUCGACAACAUCGACGUGAAGGCGGCCGGCGAGCUGGGCAUCGCCGUGUGCAAUGUGCCCGGCUACGGCGUCGAGGAGGUCGCCGAUACCACCAUGUGUCUGAUCUUGAACCUGUACCGGCGAACGUAUUGGCUCGCGAACAUGGUGCGGGAAGGCAAAAAGUUCACAGGCCCCGAACAGGUGCGGGAUGCCGCGCAGGGCUGUGCGAGAAUACGUGGUGAUACCCUCGGGCUGGUCGGGCUCGGCAGAAUAGGCAGUGCGGUGGCGCUGCGGGCGAAAGUGUUCGGUUUCAAUGUGAGCUUCUACGACCCGUACCUGCCGGACGGCAUCGAAAAGUCGCUCGGUCUGAACCGCGUCUACACCCUCCAGGAGCUGCUAUUCCACUCAGACUGCGUGUCGCUACACUGUACAUUAAAUGAACAUAAUCAUCACUUAAUUAACGAGUUCACGAUCAAACAGAUGAGACCCGGUGCAUUUCUAGUGAACACAGCCCGCGGCGGACUAGUCGACGACGAGGCGCUCGCCCACGCGCUCAAGCAGGGCCGAAUCCGGGCGGCCGCGCUGGACGUUCAUGAGAAUGAGCCAUACAAUGUAUUUCAGGGUGCCCUGAAAGACGCCCCCAACCUGCUGUGUACGCCCCACGCCGCCUUCUACAGCGAGGCGGCCACGACCGAGCUGCGCGAGAUGGCGGCCAGCGAGAUCCGGCGGGCAAUCAUCGGCAACAUCCCGGACUGUCUGCGGAACUGCGUCAACAAGGAGUACUUCCUGCGAUCGUCGACGGGCGGCGGCGCCGGAGGAUACUCGGAAGGUGGACUGCAGCAGGCCCAUAGUACAACCCCGCUCGAGGCCCCGCACAGUGCAGGAUCGCACGGGCCCCCCAGCGGUCCCCCGCCACCGUCAGUCGCCGUACCACCCGUCUCCGGCGUGACGGCGCCACCACCACAAGGUAUACUACUACAAACCCCACAUCAUUCUAUGGUCAGCAAAUCGCCUCUUAGUGCCCCCGAUCCAAGUAAUCAUCAUUCGGUUAAGCCGGAACCGUCGGAAGUACAUUAGUUUCAUUAUUAACUUUAUUACUAUUAUUAUUAUGUGUACGGACUUACGAUUAGGUUGACAAGUUGACGUAAAAUGAGAGCGAGAAAUAGAGAUAAAAUUGUGGGAAAAUGAGAAAAAAAUAAAAAAGAAACUUUUUAUUUCAGUUUAAGCAAGAUUAAAACCAGAAACACACAAGAAAAAAAAAUACAUUAAUAAGAGGGAAUACAAAAAAAACCAACAAGAGAAUAAAUGAAAACAAAUAUAUAUUGAGCGCGCAGAUGAGAGAAUCACAAAGCGAGAGAGCGAGAGAAAGAGCGAGCGAACGAGAGCGCGAAGAUCGAUAAUAAUGAUAAAACAUUGCAGAAGUAAACAAAACAAAAAAAAAUAAUGUGAGAUAAAUGAUUAUUAGUAAGAUGUGCGAAGUUACUGCAAGCAAAGUAUAUAAGUAAAAGUGAGAGGGCGACCAGCAACAAAAUGAGAAAGAAAAAAAAACUAAAAAGUAAUACAAAAUAGUUUUGUGUAAGAGAAAACUAUGUAAAAAUACAGGUGUAAAAACAAUACAACUGCAGAGAAAACCAACCACUAAACAUAACCACCACGAUUUUGGAGAAGAUGAAAAGAUUUAGUCAACACACUACUGCGUAGGGUUCCAAACCACAACACAAACAGAACAUAGAACUAACAAAACAGAAGAACAAUCUAACAAAACAAAAUUAAACAAGAAUAGUUUCAGCUUCCAAGAAAGUAAACAAAAAAAGUAUACAUCUAUUUCGAGGAAAAGUUAAACGAAAAAUAAAACACCGAGCUGGAUUAAACAACAACACAGAAAUACACAUUUAUACGUUGUAGAGUGGUACAUUUAAAAAAUUGAGAAUUGCUUCCUUUUUGUUUUUAACUUCUUAAUGAUAACGAUAAUUGGAUUAUAUUUUUUUAUUUUGUCUCUGUAAGUAGAAGAACAGAAAUUCCUUUUAUUUUUAAAUGUACGUAGGGAUUAAAGUUAAAAAGGUAAACAGAAAAACAGUAAAAGCAGAAAUUAGGAGCGCGUGUGAGAAAGAGUUUGAUCGCCGAUUAAUUUUGAGUGGGAGGGAGUGAGAGAGAGCGUGUGCGCUAGAGAAUUAGUUUAAAAGUGACGAGCGAAAACACGGACAGCAGAAAUCGCGAGAGAAUAGGGGAGAGCGUUGCGUUUUCUGAUUGCACUACUUCUGGAACGAGUUGAGUUGCACGAUCGCGUGCGGGUUCGAUCCUCGUGGUUGACGCUCUGAAAAUUACCCUUCAAGGUAACAUUUAUCUUGCUUCCAUUUUGCACACAAUCAAAAUGUUCCACUGAAAGAGAGAGAGAGAGUGCCAUAUUUCGAGUGCAUUUUCGAAACAAAGUCGAAUUUGAUCUCUUCUAGCAGCUCGAAAUUGAGUUAGGUACAAAUGUAAACAGAAAAAAAGUCGAUUGGCAUCUUCCCCGGUCGCCACGGAUCACUCGCGGUGCGUUUCUUCUUUGUGUCCUAGCGUGCUGAGGCACGUAAGGCUCAAAAAGCAGUUCAAAGUUGUGCGAUCAGAAACACCAAGCAGCACGUUUUAAACUAAUUGAUAAGAACAAGAAAACACUCCCCUAAACCACAUAUGCUUUAAGGAUGUAAGUGAAAUUGGUUAAGUAAAAAAACAAAACAAAACAAACAAGAGCAACUACAGAGAAAUUCAAUAAACAAUACAGUAACAACAAACCACGCAGCCAACUUUUACCCGCACACACGAACACACAAUGGCAAUCAUCCAGGAAGGGAAAAGCAGUUUUCCCUCCAAACUGUGCGUGUGUGCAGAAAAAAAACAUCUUCUGAAAAGAGAAGAGAAGCUGCUCCGAACACAACAAACUAGAUUUACUUACCUGGUAGUGUGCGCUGGGCAUUCGUUGUCGUCGUUGUGUUGAGGAAAUGAAACUCACAAAUUACAACAACAGAAAAACAAUACAAAAAAGAUAAAGUAAAAGCGAAAUGCAUUCCUUUGUGCAACCAUUUGAAAGAAGAA